ACCCCUCCUGAACACUCAACUACAAUCCCGUUUACAUCGACUCCCCCCUGCUGUAUUUUGAGGAAUAUUGGAUUACUUUCCGCACCGGAGCACUAACCGAGCACAUCCAGGGAUGGUCAGGUGGAACGUUGGUGUUGAAAGUGUGAGCUGAACCAUGGAGCUGUACUUGAGCCUGGCCACUUGCAGAGACAGCAGCCAUACAGUCUACAGCAGGAUCGACUUGGGCCCCAUCAGCAUGCAGCUGGGUCCUCAGUAAGGACAAGUGGACCGGGUCAUCUCCUCUUCACCUGGGGCCAGGGCUGCAGAAUGCUCAGUCCUGCCACCCCAUACAGUCUGUUGAAGAUGCACUGGUCUCCGGAGCACGGCGCCCCUUUAUCUCAGUGGCCUGAGCAGCACCUAGAUGUGACGUCCACCACCUCCCCGCAGUCUGCCCACAAACAAGACCCCUACGGUACUGCUGCCCGGCGCACCUAUGCCCCUGCAGGGUAUCCUUGGGCCAGUGACGAUAUAUCUGCUCUUACAGCUUCUUCGCUGCUCAAGCGAUAUGCGGAGAAGUACUCAGGUAUGGAGUUGUCAUAUGAACGCCCUGCUGCAGGCGCCUACUCUGAGUCUGGAAGUUUCCUAAAAACUGAAACUGAGCCCUGGGCUCUGAGCCAAGGCAUGGAUUGCUACCCCGGACUCGAGGCACUAACUGGCUCCAAGGUGGGGUCUGCCUCUGUAGGAAUCCCGGCCACGGGAAGUGUAACGUUAGUGAGUAGUAACUUGGUCACGGAACCAGGCUACGGUGGCACUACGUCCUGCAGCGCCCCAUCAUCUCAGGAAUACCCUCCUGCCUACAACAGCGCCUAUCUGUCGCCCGGAUACUGCCCUCAGCCCAGUGCAGCACUUCCGCCUGCCCCUCUGCACACCUUGCAGCCAACCCCUACUCUUGUGCCAAGCUACAGCACCAGCACUCCGGUCUACAACUACCCACCAGGUUGCUACCCCCAAACCAGCCUUUCUUCUGGAUACAGCCACCCCAGUGCCUCCUAUCUUCCCUCAGGAAUUAGCGCUCCCACACCUCUAGCCCCUCGGCCUACCGUGGUCGGAGGUAGUUAUAGUUACCCAUGCCACAACCUUGGAGGGAGCGCUGAUGGAGGUCUUAAACGCAAGGCCUUUGAGAUGACAGAUGAAGUUCAGGAGGAGGUAGAAGCAGAGGGAUCGCGCUACAAAAAGUAUGUUAACGGUCCAGGAAACAGUCACAGCAAAGGUAACGGUAAUAGCCAGGCCAAUGGCUAUGAUGUUAGCCGUCCUGCCAACGACCAGCAGGCCUACAAACCUGGAAAGCCUCUGAUUUCACCUCCAUACAAUAGAGCAGGGAACUACAGCCCACCGUCAGGCCUUGCAGGGGAAAGCGUAACAGGGGAGCACAGCUUUUCUCAGCAGCAAAGAAUGUCUGUGAAGAUACCUGCAUCUCACACGCGAGCUGAGGACACCACUGGUGGCCGCUGAUGAUCCCAGUCAACAUCAGGGAGGAGUACCUAAAGACUGAGGGGUUCUGGAACAACACUGACUUGUUCUGCAAAAGGUGUAAUCUCUCUGGCAAACACAAGAGGGCACAAGACUUCUAUUUCUUGUGGAUGUCCAUCAUUUGUCUUUCCUCAUAUUUUUCCAAAGAUUCACAAGUUGAGCUAUUCUCUGCAUAGACAGUCUAAGUAUCAGAGUGUCUCUUUCUCUCAGGAUCUUAUCUAUUUCCUUUUGGCUACUUGCCGUUGUUUAAGAAGUUGGUGUACUAAUUUGUGGCCAUUAUUUGUGUAUAAAGGCCUUUGACUGCAAAAAUGCUCUUUGGCACCACAAAAUGACCAAAAAGGAAAGCAAGCAAUAACGAAAAUGUUGAGAUUGCCAUUCUACUUUAGCAUAAUCACUGAUAAAUCUGACUGCAGGCCUUGGUGUGUCAUUGGGCCUUGGGAGAUUAAUGUCACAGUUCUCUCUCCACCUUCUUUUGCAUUUAUUUCCUAUCGUGGAGAACUAUCUUUUCUGCUCAACAACAGUCAAUGCUGAACAGCUUAAAUGUACGUACAGUGCUGUGAUAAAAUAUUUGUUACAGAUUUCUUCAAGUUUUAUAUUCGGCAAUAGCGUUUCAGGUCAAUUAAGCUCCAAAUAGCACAAUAACAAUUUCAAAAUGUUGAUUUCAUUCAUUAGAGGAAAAAAAAACCAACCUGAUCCUUUCUGAAAAAUGAAUCCCCCCCAUCUUUGUACAAUCAACAAAAAUAACAAGAACUAUUAAGAAUUUGC